ACAGUCUCAUUCUUCAAAGUUCGAUUGUGGUUUUUGAGAGAGAAGGAAUCGAGCUAGCAGCAACAAUGGCAUCGUCGUAUUUAGCGAGAAGGGCAGCUCAAAAGGAGCGAGUAAGGAUUCUCUACAGGAAAGCCCUCAAAGAUACCCUCAAUUGGGCUGUUCAUCGUCAUCUCUUCUAUCAAGAUGCAUCUGAACUUCGAGAAAGGUUCGAGGUUAACAAAAACGUGGAAGGUAUUGAAACGAUUGAGAAAUUGAUUACUGAUGGAGAAGCUAGUCAUAAUAAGUGGCGGCACCCUGACCCUUAUAUUGUUCCAUGGGCUCCUGGUGGUUCCAAAUUUACUCGGAAUCCAACACCACCUGCUGGGAUUGAGAUCAUAUAUAACUAUGGCCGAGAAGAUAAUGACUAAAAUUGUGUCCUUCUCUUGUCAUAACUAAUAAAGGUUGUAGUUUGUCACCCACCAUGAGGGCUUGCUCAAUGUUUGAAAAAGACAUGGAUUUUCCUUCAUCUUGAUUAGAUAAUGGAGGAAAUUAUGUGUUAUCAUAUUUCUUUAUGUUCACUUUGGAAUUUGAAAUCCUUCUAAGCAUGCAUUUCUUUGCUAUGGAGGUGACUUGAAAUAACAAUCAAAAUUCAUUUUAUUCUUCUUUUCAA